AGCGGUGGCUCACUCCUGUAGUCUUGGUUCUGGGAGGCCGGGGCUGAGGGAUCACCUGAGGCCAGGAGUUCAAGGCCAGCUUGGGCAACAGAGCAAGACCCCACCUCCACAAAAAUAGAAAUUAAAAAAAUUAAUAAAUGGGGGAGAGGGGUGGGAGCCCUGCCUUGCCCAUAGCAGUGUUAAGUGGCAGCUUGUGCAACUGUUGAAUGCCUACUGUGUGCAGCUGAGCCUACCCCACCAGCCACCCACCCAGUCCGUUUGUGACGUACUCUCACCCUCUUCUUCCUCUACUGAGUUGUGAGGUGGGGAAACUGAGGCCUGAGGGGUGGCCUCAAGGCCAAAGAAAUGACCUGUGUCUUCUCAAGGGCCCCCUGGGUCAGGCAUCAAGGGGUCACGGCAGCGCAGAGUGGAGGAGCAGGGCCAAGCCCUGUAAACACUGGAGUUAUUAAGCCAAUGUGCAUGUCGUUAAAUUUUAACUAAGGGGGGACAGGGCAGGAGGCCCUGGGUUGCCUUCCCUGGGGCGCAGUAGGCUUGGAUGUGGGGGGCCGGGAAGGACAGAGUUGGAGGCCUGUGGCCCAGGAAAGGUGGGGGAGAGCGGCUGCAGCAGGGUCCCCACCCCCUCCACCAUGGGGACAGUGGCUGGCCAAGCCAGGCAGUGUGGGUGGCAGCUGCCCACUUUGCCGACUAAGCCAGAGGGGACAGCAGCCGCCUCCUGGCUGGAUGCCAAGCACGUCCGCCUUCCUGGGUGGCGUGGCCUCCGGGCAAGGCAGAAACCUCAGCUUUCUGGCCAGGAGUGUUCGGGGCACUGCACGUCCAGGGGAGCAUCUUGGGGGCUCUUGCUGAACACAGAUCAGGCCUUUCUGGGUUCAGAUGUCCUCCUGGGCUGGGCUGGCAUCCCGAGCAGGUGGCAGGAGGAGCAUUUGAUUGUUGUAGACUGUCACCCUGACACCAUCCCCUUUCCUGGCUCUGCAGGCUGAAGAAGUGCCCCGGGGUCUCUAAGCCUUUGCUGACUCUCUGGCGCCUCCCAACGACUCUUGAGCUCAGGCUCCUGUGUCCGCUUCACAGGGGAGACAGGCUGCCAUGGGCUCUGUCAGGAGCCAGCGCCUUGAGGAGCCCAGCGUGGCAGGCACACCAGACCCGGGCGUAGUGAUGAGCUUCACCUUCGACAGUCACCAGCUGGAGGAGGCGGCGGAGGCGGCUCAGGGCCAGGGCCUUAGGGCCAGGGGCGUCCCAGCUUUCACGGAUACCACAUUGGACGAGCCGGUGCCCGAUGACCGUUAUCACGCCAUCUACUUUGCGAUGCUGCUGGCUGGCGUGGGCUUCCUGCUGCCAUACAACAGCUUCAUCACGGACGUGGACUACCUGCAUCACAAGUACCCAGGGACCUCCAUCGUGUUUGACAUGAGCCUCACCUACAUCUUGGUGGCGCUGGCAGCCGUUCUCCUGAACAACGUCCUGGUGGAGAGACUGACCCUGCACACCAGGAUCACCGCAGGCUACCUCUUAGCCUUGGGCCCUCUCCUUUUUAUCAGCAUCUGCGACGUGUGGCUGCAGCUCUUCUCUCGGGACCAGGCCUACGCCAUCAACCUGGCCGCUGUGGGCACCGUGGCCUUCGGCUGCACAGUGCAGCAAUCCAGCUUCUACGGGUACACGGGGAUGCUGCCCAAGCGGUACACACAGGGGGUGAUGACCGGGGAGAGCACGGCAGGCGUGAUGAUCUCUCUAAGCCGCAUCCUCACGAAGCUGCUGCUGCCUGACGAGCGCGCCAGCACGCUCAUCUUCUUCCUGGUGUCGGUGGCGCUGGAGCUGCUGUGUUUCCUGCUGCACCUGUUAGUGCGGCGCAGCCGCUUCGUGCUCUUCUAUACCACACGGCCGCGCGACAGCCACCGGGGCAGGCCAGGCCUGGGCAGGGGCUUUGGCUACCGCGUGCACCACGACGUUGUCGCCGGGGACGUCCACUUCGAGCACCCAGCCCCGGCCCUGGCCCCCAACGGGUCCCCAAAGGACAGCCCAGCCCACGAGGUGACCGGCAGCGGCGGGGCCUACAUGCGCUUUGACGUGCCGCGGCCAAGGGUCCAGCGCAGCUGGCCCACCUUCAGAGCCCUGUUACUGCACCGCUACGUGGUGGCGCGGGUGAUCUGGGCCGACAUGCUCUCCAUCGCCGUGACCUACUUCAUCACGCUGUGCCUGUUCCCCGGCCUUGAGUCUGAGAUCCGCCACUGCAUCCUGGGCGAGUGGCUGCCCAUCCUCAUCAUGGCUGUGUUCAACCUGUCAGACUUCGUGGGCAAGAUCCUGGCAGCCCUGCCCGUGGACUGGCGGGGCACCCACCUGCUGGCCUGCUCCUGCCUGCGUGUGGUCUUCAUCCCCCUCUUCAUCCUGUGCGUCUACCCCAGCGGCAUGCCCGCCCUCCGUCACCCCGCCUGGCCCUGCAUCUUCUCACUGCUCAUGGGCAUCAGCAACGGCUACUUCGGCAGCGUGCCCAUGAUCCUGGCAGCAGGCAAAGUGAGCCCCAAGCAGCGGGAGCUGGCAGGGAACACCAUGACCGUGUCCUACAUGUCAGGGCUGACGCUGGGGUCCGCCGUGGCCUACUGCACCUACAGCCUCACCCGCGACGCUCACGGCAGCUGCCUGUACGCCUCCACCGCCAAUGGUUCCAUCCUCGCAGGCCUCUGAGCCAGCCCCGCCCACUGCCAGGGACGCCGAGGGCCUGACCAGGGGCCCCGAGGCCUGAGGGCCCCUCCCCUGUCCCCACCUCAGUGCCUGCGGGGUCCUGAGCCUCCCCCUGUGCCAGCAGCACCACUCCCUCAGGGUCCAGCCAUCCCCCACCCCGGACUGAAGUUCUGCAAAGUCCUUCGAGGACCGGAACACGUUUCUGCAACCCGGGGCUCUGGCCAGCACUGUGUUCUGUGUUUGGUCUCACACCUGCGUCUACCUUCCAUCUGUGUCCAGCGGCCCCGGCUCCAGCCCAGCCAGCACUCUGCAGGGUCACACGCACCGUGUCCCCACCCAGGACAGCAGAUACCCGCCAGAGUGUGCGCGCCCAGUGACUGCACCCCGGCCCUCAUCACCCACUGGCACUGAUCGGGGCACCGCCUGGCCCAGCCUCUACCAGGGACCCCUCCUCAUGAACUCUGGAGCCCUGAGAGGAGAGGGGCAGCCCCCCACCUUGUCACCCUCAGGGCUUCCCCUUCUGUCCUCAUUCUUAGAGACUGCUUCUCCCAAACAUAACUCAUUAGCCAUGAAGGAGUCGGAGCCCUGGACCCGCCUGCGGUCUGCAUCAGCCUCUGGGAAACCACAGCGGUGAUGCCAGCUGGGCACGUCAGGACCUCCCCACACACCCACGCGAUGCCACAGGUCAGGGGGCCGUGCCUGACUAGGGAGCCCUCCCAUUGCCUUCCUGGCCUGGGAUAGAAGAGGGGAGGUAAGUCUGGGGGCUACGAAGCCGGGCCCCCACACCCUGGCUGAAGUCAGCUUGACCUAGAUCUUGACCCUCAUCCAGCAAGGGACCCGACAGACCCAAGGGUCCCUAGAACGUAGGGAGGGGCUGGGGGUCACUCCAGCCCGGGCCUCCCAGAACACCAGGCCCGAGUGUGUGGCACCCUGAGGUCAGGGGAUCCUAAGGGUGUCCUUCCAGAGACGGCGUUUCCAGGGGGAGGACCACCCCCCCUUCCAGAUCCCCGGCCCCGGCUGUGACUGCCCUGUUUCACCCCUGCUGUGUCCCGUCACCCGUCUGUCCACUAACUGUACCGCACUGGCCAUUAAAAGAUGAAGGCAGACCGCUGCACCGCCGCCUGCAAGCAGAGUUUGUGCGUGGACGGGGGCUGGGACUGCCAUCUCGGGAUCCCAGUGGAACUCGGGCUGCCGCGCAUAAGCCGGUCCUCAGUCUUCCCAUCUGUGAGGUGGGCCGGGUGGAUCAGGGAGCAGGAGGGUGUCCUCACACUGGGUAGGCUUGGUUUGUGG